AUGGGCCGGUGCACUUCGUGGAAGAAGCAGCUCUGCUUCUGUUGCGAACCCUUAGCUUCACCUGUUACCUCAAUGCACGCGUUCGUAGCGGCCUCGGCGGCGGCCGCCUCCCACGGCGACGUGUUCUACGUCGGCGACAAGGACGGCUGGGUCGGCAAGCCGGCGGAGAGCUACGGCCGCUGGGCCGCCCGCCACCAAUUCAAGGUCACUGACACCCUUGUGUUCAGGUACAAGAAGGGCGUGGACUCCGUGCUGGUCGUGGACAAGCGCCACUACGACACGUGCGACGUGAAGGAUCCCGUAGACGAGCUGCGCGACGGCGACUCAGCCACCAAUAUCUCCAUCGUUGUCUCCGAAGCCACAACCUCGCACACCUUCACGUUCACCAUUGCCAACUAG